UCGUAUCUGAGGACGUGCAACCUGAGCAUAAAGUCAGACUGAACACUCAGAACCAACCGAUCAACAAUCAGUUUUUCAGCAACAAUAAUGGACUGUCUGAAAUAUGAGAUGGUUAACCAAGCGCGAAUCCAGGCUGUGGAGAACUCGUUUCAGCCUGGUGGAAAACCUCUUUGUUCUCUAGGCCGAGUCCUGAUCGGCGAAGGCCGUCUGCUCAAGCGCUGCAGGAAGCGAGCGAUGCCAAAAGCGUUCUUCCUGUUCAAUGACAUCUUAGUAUACGGCAGCAUUGUGGUUCCCGGUCGCUGGAACAACCACCAGCAGAUCCUUCGUCUGGAGGAGCUGGAGCAGGAGAACAUAGAAGACGGUGAGGGUAUGACCAACCAGUGGAUCCUCAGAACCCCACGCAAGUCCUUCUUUGUCUCAGCAGCUUCGUUGCAAGAGAAGCGGGCUUGGAUGGACCACAUUGAGCGCUGCAGAGCCGAACGGCUGAAGCUUUUGGGUUUUCCUGGCACCGUCAAAACAUUUGCAUCACUCUGGGUUCCAGACUCUGCUACGCACCAUUGCAUGCGCUGCCCUAGGCUCUUUACUUUGGCACAGAGGAAACACCACUGCAGAAACUGCGGGUUUGUGGUGUGUAACUCGUGCUCCAAGGGCCGUGCCAUCCUGAAGAACAUCUCCCACAAACCUGUACGAGUGUGCAAGCUGUGUAAAGACAUCCUGCCAUCACUGGAUACCUGUAAAAGAUUCAGAGGCGACAGCGUGGAGGUACCUGAAUAUGACGAGUCCAGCGAUGAGGAAGCAGAGGAGCAGGAGAAUCAGCAAAAUUCUCAUUGGUAUGAAGAAAUCUACUGUUAUUUCAACCCUGAAAACGUCUACCCACCCUGUAUGUAGUGUAUAAAGAGGAAGCAAAGACUGAAUGUAAAGCACAACAUGAAGUUAAGAAUGUUAGAUUUGUACAUAUUAGUUUAAUUAUGCACAAUUUUGACACUUUUUUUGUACUAUUGCUGCUUACAGCUGUGUUAAUUAUUUUACUUUAAAAGUACUUCCUUUAUAAAUAGGUUGUUCUGUCUGAUUAUAGUAAUUUACUUGUGUUUUGCCUGUGUAAAGUAAAAAAAAUAUAUACUAUUUACUUUUUCAACAUGUGUGACGCUGUAUAUCAGUGCAAAUUAAAUGUAUUGUGUAUCACAAUUUGUUCCUGUGGGACACGCAGCACAUAGAAGAGAUGUAAAACAACAUGGGAGCUCCUUUCUGGACACACAAGAUCACACAAGAAUCGGAGCUAAACCCUAAAUAAAGUGUGCUCGAUCUCAUCAGUGUUAAGGGUUGUUUCACUGCUCUGGAUGUCCUCUCACCUUCUCACCUAUAGACAUGAAUUUUCUUUUGUUUGUGCCUGUAAAUGAAUGCAGUUUAAUGUUUGAGCACCUGUGAUGCUGUAAAGCAGUGCAGAAUUAAAAAAAACUGUAUUCCUUUUGGGAAGACUAUAACAUACAA